CAGUUGGCCUUCGACAUUCCCGGCUCUGAAUUCCCAGUUUCCCAGUCUGCCCAUCUCAGAGAACAUGGGCGGCUCCUACCCACCCAAACGCCGGCGUCACAGCCGUAGCCGCAGCCGCAGUCCCGUCCGACACAACAGGCGCGACAAACCAAGAUCUGACGAUCACCACCGCCGUCGAUCACCCUCGCCCGUACAAAAGCGAAGUCACUCCUACUCGCGCGCUGACGACGACCGCAAUCCUAGGCAUGAAGACGACAGGAGACGACCGAGUAGCUCCUCCUCACGGAAAUCCCGCGCUGAUUCGGUUGCCACGGUGUCGUCAACUUCGUCCUCUUCAGAGUCGGAUUCGAGUCGCGGCAACCGAAACUCGCACUCACAUACACCCACACGAAAGCAUCACACAAAAGAUCAUCACAAGGAGGAGGGAGAACACAAAGAUGGGAAAUAUCGGCCGUCCCGUCACGACAAAGAGAAAGAGAAGUCUAAAAGCAGCAAGAAGAAAAAGGAAAAACACAAAUCGAGACAUCACAAAGAGAAGAAACAUCACCACCAUCACCACCACCCGAUUUCAGCGACAGGAAUACUGAGCUUGGUAGAAAGCGAACUGACAAAGACGCCGCUCGCGCCUGCAGCUUCUUUGAAACCCAGCAGCUCGGAGUUGAACAAUCAUGGGUUGGAAGCUGUACAUCACAGCACACGGGAUGUAAAAGAUGGUGAGCGUGGGAGGACAGCGGCUCAUGGGAAAGGACGACGGCCGGUAGCGGCGCCGCAGACGCAGGCAGAGUAUGAAAAGGAGCAGAGCCAUGUGCGAGAAGUGUUUGAUCCCCUGAGCGGCCGAACAAGUUGUCCCUUCGUUGCACUUUCCUUUCUUUUGCGUCACAUUCUGGUUCGCCUACACUCACCUCUUGUGUUUCCAUUCCCGCUCAUCCUUUCGUUCUGGAGACUUGUCAAGGGCUCGGGAGAGAUCAUUGAACGUAUCGUUUCGAGAGACGAACAUUUGGCGAUCAACCGCACGGCGACUCAGACUGACGGGUCGCUCUAUGCGAGAGUGUUGGGUCAAGGUGGAAGCUAGCUGGUGCGGUCGUCAAAACUUUUGUGUAGGGCGUUGGGGCGAUGGAAUCUGGAAUGUACUUUAUACCUUUCGUGGAGUGGCAGUGCAUCAUCAAAGUGCCAUUUGCGUUUCAUUGAACGCAGUCUUAUUUGUGAGUUUUCAAACGGGUAACACUAAACAUAAACCCCUAUUGCCGCCUGCCCAUCAUAGCUGCUAACGUAGUGAUCCGGCUGUUGACGGCAGUUGCCCCCUUGCCCCCCGCCCGGGAUAUGCACUAUGUCAUGUCGGAGACAGAGUAUGGAUCCCACGGCCGUACCCCGUUCGUCAUCCACUCCCUUCCCCGCGCGUCGUC